UCACAACGCUGUUCUUUUCUCUGUUAAAUUCGCGGUUCACACAACACCUAUAUAAUCUGUAGGCUCCGCUUGAGAGGCUGUAUAACCACCGGAGCCGACUAGAGCCGUCAGUAUGCUAACAGAGCGCAGCCCAGCGCAGUGUACGUAUGUAUAGGGCAUAAAACAUGUUUUGGAUCAGGAGCCCUAGGUAGACUUGCAUAGUGUGUUGAGAGGGUUUAUCAGGGACCUUAAAUUAGAACCAACCACACAAAUCACGAAGUCGGCUAGUUUUUUGUUCCUUCUCCCCAUCGGUUGUUAAAACGUAAAGAGGAUUUUUCGGGCGAAGAGCGUUUUUUUCAGGUUAUACUAGAUUUCUACUAUAUCGAACAUUAAGGAGUCGAAGACGGGUUUAUCUAAGAUGUACAUGUAAGAGGAUUCGUUCUGGUGCUUAAAGCCAAUAUCGCAAAAUUACUCUUUAUCGCGUGGAGAUUUUAUGAAGAGUUUACCUGCAUUUCUCGCUGUGUCGGUUUUCAUGACAGAUUUGUGACCAAGCGUUCUGGACUAUGCUAUCUUAUUAAAUCAAGAUGACGUCACAUAACUCCUCGACUUCGUUUUCCUACCUGUACUACGAUGACAUGGAAUACAAUCAGACCCUACUGGAGUUACUGCAGCAACACGAGAAAGAAUCUCCGCGAGCAUUUAUCUUCGCCGUGCUCAUGACGAUCCUGUCCGCCAUUUUCAACACUGGCAUCAUUAUUGUGAUCCUGUACACGUCGAUUCUUCGUCAGAACAUCCUCUACAUCCAAAUCGUAAACAUCUCGAUGGUAAACAUUAUCUUAAGUGUGUUUGUUAUUCCGUUAGCUAUUUACGCGGAACAUAGCCCAUGGAGACUCGGGGACGCCAUGUGUAAGGUUUGGAUUAUAAUGGAUGUACUCAUGCCUUUUGUUUCCAUGAUUGUGCUAGUGCUGAUGAACCUCGAUCGGCUUUUCAUUCUGAUGUGCAACAAGUCACACAUGUGGACCAUGAACCGUGUUGUUAAGGCAGUGCUUGUGUUGUUACCCUGGUCAGCCGGGUGUGUGAUUGUACUGCCGAUCUGGAUUCUCGGCUCUAACCACUACCCCUACUAUGACGGCUAUUGUAUAUUUGGCCUGGUAUUCGACGCGUCUGUUGCCUCGCCAGUUGUUACUUAUUUUGUUCCGUCGGUAGGAAUCAUCUUGCUCAUAACUUUGAUCCUUAUGUACAACUUUAAAGGAAAUCUUGCUGAACAGAACAUGUACUCGUCUCCCUCUAGGUCAAUGGACUGUCAUCGGACAGAUUCCACCUCGAGUUACGACGAGGAAAAAUACUUGUCACUUGUAACCCUGUGUUUGGCUGAUUUUUUCUUCGUAGCAAUGUGGUUUCCGUAUCAGCUGUUUACUUUGCUUAUGUCCCUUUGCACCGGGUGUUAUCCACCAGUUAGCGCUGCGGUCGCCUUUACGUGGCUUGGAGCAUCAACCGCAUGUGUAACACCGCUCACGUGGUUGUCUGAUGUUAAGAUAAGGGAAAGCAUUAGAAACUUUGUACACGAUCGAUGUACGAGAGAGGUCACUGAUAUUGGAGACAGAAACAGUGUUCCCCUAAUGGAGCUUUAGGAGAUUUUAAAGUUUACUGCCUCACAGACGCUUGUAUAGGACCUACUAAAGUUUGUUUGAUUACGUGGGCUUGGUGCAACUAACGAUUUCUUCCAAAAACAAUACCUAAUUUUAUGUUUGUGCAAAAAGACCUUAUGUUACUUACCUCGUCAGAGAUGAUGACGUCAUGGUUGUGUGUGAGUGUUCAUAUGUAUCGAUGACGUCGUAGCUGACGGCGGAGUGUUAGAUGAUAAUGUGAUACUGUGUGAUCAAUUAGUGUGAUUAACACUUGUUUUAAUUAGUAUAUAUUGGUUAACGGUAACGUCGCCUUGUUUAAAUGGUAAUCACCCCGUUUACACAAAUAUAAAUGUUAUAUGGAUUUCAUCGUCGUUUGUUGUGUAAUUGCAUUCAUACAGGCAACAACAGUGUCAUUGGAGAUCAGUAUACUUAUUACAUGCAAUGAAAAGUACUUACGGGUACUUAAUACGUAAUGUGUGACUGUGGAUAGCUGUGACGUAAUGUGUGACAAUGGAUAGCUGUGACGUAAUGUGUGACAGUGGAUAGAUGUGACGUAAUGUGUGACAGUGGAUAGCUGUGACGUAAUGUGUGACAGUGGAUAGCUGUGACGUAAUGUGUGACUGGAUAGCUGUGACGUAAUGUGUGACAGUGGAAUAGCUGUGACGUAAUGUGUGACAGUGGAUAUCUGUGACGUAAUGUGAGACAGUGGAUAGCUGUGACGUAAUGUGUGACAGUGGAUAGCUGUGAUGUAAUGUGUGGCAGUAGAUAGCUGUGACGUAAUGUGUGGGUGUGGAGUACCUGUGACGUAAUGUGUGACUGUGAAUAGCUGUGACGUAAUGUGUGACUGUGGAGUACCUGUCACGUAAUGUGUGAAAGUGGAUAGCUGUGACGUAAUGUGUGACAGUGGAUAGCUGUGACGUAAUGUGUGACAGUGGAUAGCUGUGACGUAAUGUGUGACAGUGGAUAGCUGUGACGUAAUGUGUGACUGGAUAGCUGUGACGUAAUGUGUGACAGUGGAUAGCUGUGACGUAAUGUGUGGCAGUAGAUAGCUGUGACGCAAUGUGUGACAGUGGAUAGCUGUGACGUAAUGUGUGACUGGAUAGCUGUGACGUAAUGUUUUACAGUGGAAUAGCUGUGACGUAACGUAUGACAGUGGAAUAGCUCUGACGUAAUGUGUGACAGUGGAUAUGUGUGACGUAAUGUGAGACAGUGAAUAGCUGUGACGUAAUGUGUGACAGUGGAUAGCUGUGACGUAAUGUGUGACAGUGGAUAGCUGUGACGUAAUGUGUGACAGUGGAUAUCUGUGACGUAAUGUGAGACAGUGGAUAGCUGUGACGUAAUGUGUGACAGUGGAUAGCUGUGACGUAAUGUGUGACGAUGGAGUACAUAUGACGUACAUUGUGACCAUGGAGUACCUGUGAAUAAUUUGUGAUAAUUGAUGGAAUACAUGUCACGAAAUGUGUGACAUUGGAGUACCUCUGGCAUAAUAUGUGACAAUGUGUGAGUGUGGAUGACCUGUGACGUAAUGUGUGAGUGAGGAGUACCUGUGACGUAAUGUGUGAGUGAGGAGUACCUGUGACGUAAUGUGUGAGUGAGGAGUACCUGUGACGUAAUUUGUGAGUGAGGAGUACCUGUGACGUAUUGUAUGACAAUGGAGUACCUGUCCCGUAAUUAGUUUCUGAGGGACACAGGAUGUACAUGAUAAGAUACGGUAGUGUUACACUAUAUUAAAAUGUUGUUGAGGAGAGGUACAGAUACGGUAGUGUUACACUAUAUUACAAUGUUGUUGAGGAGAGGUACAGAUACGGUAGUGUUACACUAUAUUACAAUGUUGUUGAGGAGAGGUACAGAUACGGUAGUGUUACACUAUAUUACAAUGUUGUUGAGGAGAGGUACAGAUACGGUAGUGUUACACUAUAUUACAAUGUUGUUGAGGAGAGGUACAGAUACGGUAGUGUUACACUAUAUUACAAUGUUGUUGAGGAGAGGUACAGAUACGGUAGAGUUACACUAUAUUACAAUGUUGAUGAGGAGAGGUACAGAUACUGAAGUGUUACACUAUAUUACAAUGUUGUUGAGGAGAGGGACAGAUACGGUAGUGUUACACUAUAUUACAAUGUUGAUGAGGAGAGGUACAGAUACUGAAGUGUUACACUAUAUUACAAUGUUGUUGAGGAGAGGUACAGAUACAGUAGUGUUACACUAUAUUACAAUGUUGUUGAGGAGAGGGACAGAUACGGUAGUGUUACACUAUAUUACAAUGUUGUUGAGGAGAGCUACAGAUACGGUAGUGUUACACUAUAUUACAAUGUUGAUGAGGAGAGCUACAGAUACGGUAGUGUUACACUAUAUUACAAUGUUGAUGAGGAGAGGUACAGAUACGGUAGUGUUACACUAUAUUACAAUGUUGAUGAGGAGAGCUACAGAUACGGUAGUGUUACACUAUAUUACAAUGUUGAUGAGGAGAGGUACAGAUACGGUAGUGUUACACUAUAUUACAAUGUUGAUGAGGAGAGGUACAGAUACGGUAGUGUUACACUAUAUUACAAUGUUGUUGAGGAGAGGUACAGAUACGGUAGUGUUACACUAUAUUACAAUGUUGAUGAGGAGAGCUACAGAUACGGUAGUGUUACACUAUAUUACAAUGUUGAUGAGGAGAGGUACAGAUACGGUAGUGUUACACUAUAUUACAAUGUUGUUGAUGAGAGGUACAUUCUGACGACUCUAUGGUGUGUGUGGAUCUAUUUACGUAUGGUAGAACGUGCCGCGUUGGAUACAAAGUAUAUCUACUGUAUAUAUGCAUUGUUAAAGUGAUAAGUAUGAGUUGAUUUAACUUGUUUUGCAAUUAAACUUGAAUGAAGAUUGUUUAUAUAUUGAAUUUACCCACAUCAGUGUACAAGAGUCCUUGUUGUUAUCAUAAAACAUCAAGCGUGGAAAGAUGAAAUUAAAGUGUAUAUAAGAUACCUAUGCUAAAGGUAAGCUCGAGGCGUGAAUGAGCUAGUUUAUUUAUUGAAUAAGAAUUAAAAUAUACCGGUUUUUAUGUGAUAUUAAGUAAUGAAAGGGCGUUUAUCUUCAGAGAAACAGAAAUUAUAUACAUUUGUACAAUGCAUAUCUGAUAUAUAGUAUAUCAAACUAUGAAAACUUUAAAUAUUUGUGAAUAAACAGAUAAAUGAUCUUCUUGCAGAUUUCAUUGUUAUGACGUAAUGAAUAUCAUUUAUUUCCAUUCUCUCUGAGAUGUCCAGUUUUCACAAAUACUUUGUUAGUAAUCUGUAUUCUCUAGAGAUUUAUUAUUAAGGAUAAUGACUGUUGGAUGGCUUACGGUCAUUAUUACAAUACUUCAGAAUCUCCAGUGGUUAUGAUCUAUGAAAAUGGAUGUUUAAUGACAUUUUAAUUGAUAUUUACGUGUACGCUUUUUGUGGAACUGAAAUAUUGCCCAGUGGAAAAUAAUCAUUUAACGACUAAUGGUCGAACUGACGUCUGUUUAACGAUUGAUAGUUUUUACAUUAUAGAUUUAUCUCCACUUCAUUAGUUUCAAUGGUUAAAGUUACACUUUAAAACCAGCCGAAUGUUGAAAUAUAACAAAUAAAAUCUGUUAAAACAGA